UCCAUCUCUGGAACAAACAAAAUCAAAUUCAAUUUCUUGUUAAUAAAAGGAUUUUUAUUAUUUCACUCUAUUUAACCACAUAAUUAUUAACAUAAUGAAUUCAAAACCCACUUUAAAAUCUAAAUGUCUAGCUACCUGCUCAUGCUCUUGUCCAACAUGUCAACAAAGACAGAAAUUAACUAAACCCACAGUAAAUUCUACUCUGCGGCAAAAGCAGCAAAUAGAGCAAUUGCAGAAAACUAAUUUAUUAAAAAAUUCCAAUAAACCCGAAGACUGCUUGCAGUUAAAUCCCUCCAAGUAUACGACAAAAUUAAAUUUUGGCGCCAAUCACAAGUUAUUCAAAAAUCUUACUCCAAUAAAUGUUAAUGAUUCUAUUCUAUUGCCAAAAGACAAAAUGUCAAUUCCCAAAAAAUAUAUACGUAAUAAUGAUAAAAUACCUGCACCGGAGUUACAAGACUUUCUGGAUACAGUUGCUCCCAACACUUAUGUUAUACCAGAACCAGAAAUUAAACUAGAGUUUAUGGAAUAUGAAUUUGAUGUGCUCUCCGGCUAUAAACAAUUAAUAGAGUAAUAACUUCAAACAAAUUUCAAUUGCGGUUUUUAAAAGAAAAACAAUUUCAAUAUUUCGUUAUAUACAUUUAUUAGUCAUUUUUAAAAUAGAAUACAAAUUACAUUUUAUAUCCGUGGAUAGAUGUAUGCAUUAAGAUUUUUGUUAAUAAAUAAAAUUCGAAAUUAACUUUUGUCUGACUUACAUUUUCAUCUUA